AUGGUCUCUUUCACCUCCAUCCUGGCCGCCGCCACGGCCGUUCUCGGCGUCGUCGCCGACACCGGCUACCACAACGGCUUCUACUACUCGUUCUGGACCGACGGCCAAGGCAACGUCCAGUACCGCAACGGCAACGGCGGCCAGUACAGCGUCAACUGGUCCGGCAACGGCAACUGGGUCGGCGGAAAGGGCUGGAUGCCUGGCAGUGCUAGAACCAUCAACUACUCGGCCGACUACCGUCCCAACGGCAACAGCUACCUCGCCAUCUACGGCUGGACUCGCAACCCUCUGAUCGAGUACUACGUCGUCGAGAACUUCGGCACCUACAACCCUUCGAGCGGUGCCACCCGCACCGGCCAGGUCACCUGCGACGGCGGCACCUACGGUCUGUACCGCAGCACGCGCUACAACGCCCCUUCCAUCGACGGCACCCGCACCUUUGACCAGUUCUGGUCCGUCCGCGAGAGCAAGCGUAGCUCCGGUACCGUUAGCAUGAGCUGCCACUUCAACGCCUGGGCCAACGCUGGCAUGAGACUGGGCUCUGAGCACAACUACCAGAUCGUCGCAACUGAGGGUUACUUCAGCAGUGGCUCGGCCACUGUCACCGUGCAAGGCCCAUGA